CAGUAUCUGUGGUGUCGAGUCGAUUUACAGUGCAAUGACUAAACAAUAAUAAAAUAAGAAAGAAUAUUCAAUUAAUUGAGCAUAAAAUUGGUCAAAUGGUGACACGUAUGCGAUGACAUCAUUUUAACUCAUUACCAAUAGUGUUUUUACAAGUAAGCGGUGUAAAUUUAAACAUAAAAAGUGCAUACGAACUUGGUAUCCUACAUUUGUUUAUUUUACCCAGAAAGCUAUAUAAGAAUUUAUAAAAAUGACUGAAUUUAGUGAGUUCUACUACGGUAUACCAUUCUUUACACGAUAUUGGUUGACUGCUACUGUAGUGAUCAGUAUUUUAGCCAAAUUCGGUUUCUUCAAUCCAUUCAAUUUGAUUUUGUUAUGGACGCCGUUCUAUUCCGAGUUCCAAAUAUGGCGCCCUCUCACAGCCCUCUUCUACUUUCCGCCAAGCUUCCCAUUCCUAGUGAACUGCUACUUCCUGUACAGCUACUCGGAGCGCCUGGAGACGGGCAUGUUCGCCGGCAAGCCCGCCGACUACUUCACCAUGCUGGCGUUCAACUGGCUGGUGUGCGUGGUUAUCGGAUUCUUGAUUAAUAUGCCGCUAUUAAUGAUCCCUAUGGUGAUCUCGGUGCUCUACGUGUGGUGCCAGCUGAACAAGGACGUGAUAGUCACCUUCUGGUUCGGGACCCGGUUCCGCGCCAUGUACCUUCCGUGGGUGCUGUUCGCUUUCAACCUUAUCGUCAGUGGAGGUGGAAUCGCCGAAUUCAUCGGUAUCUUGGUGGGCCACCUGGCUUUCUUCCUGCUCUUCAAGUAUCCUCAGGAGUUCGGCGGACCCACGCUGCUCUCACCGCCAGCUAUUGUUCGCAAAUGGUUCCCCAACUCGCGGACGACGGUGACCGGUUUCGGCGGCCCCGCGCCGGCGCGCAGCCCCGCGGGGGCGCCGGCGCCGGGCCGCCACAACUGGGGCGCCGGCUACACGCUCGGGGGCAACUGAGGCUGAUUGACCGUUUACCCGCGGUGCUCUAACGCUAUUGGUCGAAUCAAAUCGACUGGAUGUGGGCAAGGAAUACUAUGACGCGUAAAUUGGAAAAAUAUAAGGGGUGUAGAGGGCGUUGUAUGCGGUAACAUGUGACAACUCCAUACAAGGUUUUUUUUUGACGUGAAAAAAAAUUUUUUUUCUAUAGGUCGUCCAAGUCGGCCAACUCUCCAAUACACAGGCACACAAAAAAAAAUUGCGUCUGCAAUCUUUUUCCAAAUCAGAACUCGAUAUCGAAUGCCCUUAAACGGAUCCCCGCUAUCUUUUGUUAAAUUCAGGUGUACAUCGCCAUAUUCGCCAUCUAUUUCAGCUGUUAAUUUGCGACUAUAUUAUUUUACACUACCUACUUAUACGCCUCCUAGUAUUCCUCUGUAUACAGGGUGUCCCAGAAUUCGACGUCAAGCCGUAAACGGAUGAUAGACCAAGUCAUAACAGUUAUCAUAAAAAUACAAAAAAAAAUCCAACUCAUGUUCUUUAAAUAUUUUGGUCACUUUAAAAAUUCACUAAAAAAUCCACAACCUGUAAUUAUUCAAGAUUACACAGAAUAAAAAAAUUAAAAUAAAUUAUGGAAUUUGUAGUAACAAGAGUUAAAGAACCAUUACAGGUGUGGAUUUUUUAGUGAAUUUUUAAAGUGACCAUAAUUUU